AAAGGUGCAGUACCCAUCACGUCUCCACCAUCUUCCACAGCAAAAGACAUUAAGGGCUUCAAAGGUGAGCUGGCUGAUCUGAUCAACUCCUCGACAACAUCAAAUGUUAAUACCCCCAAGAAACGAAGAAGAUCACCAAGUGAAAGUGAACAGUUUUCGGAAAAACACCCCAAAACAAGCCCGUCGCAAAAUGGGAUUUCCCCAAAAAGAUAUCCAUCCUCGUCCAGGACAUCGAGUGUUUCCCCUCGUUGCAUAAAUGGUGUUUCUCCAGUUGGCAAAUCCCACUUAAGAAAUGGCUUUACUCACUCAUCUCCGUCAACAAAAGGCCUUUGCGAAACAGAUAAAGAAGCUGCAAAAAAGUUAAAGGCUUUAAAUAAGUGCCUUAAGAAUCUUUCACCCACCUGCGGGUUCCACUUCCCAGUGUUGGAGGAAAGUCAUCCCUCCGCGGUAAGCAGCAUCGCC